AGUUUGCUGAAAAUAUGUAAAACCUAACUUCUCGAAGUUUCCUGCUAAACAGUUUAAAUGGAUCAACGCUCUAACGGAUACAUUCCAGUGCUUUGUUCGACCUAUUUUAAAGCGGUAAGUAUGAGCGUUUUUCAUUUCACAUAAUUCACUUGGUACAUAUAGCAACCGACCUGUCGCCUAAAGUUAUGUACCGUAUUUAUAUAACUAGAUCUCAACACUUCGUGGGAGAGAUUUCUCAUCGGACUUUUCAUUAAUGACAGUCGACGAUUGACGUAGCUCGUAAAAUACUCCUUUACAAUGCCAGCUGAGGAAGGACGUAUUGCUCGCAAAUCCACGGUUUAUAAACAAAAUCGAAAACAAGUUCGCAGUGUACUAAAAAGCGAAAAGGUACUUCAUCGAUCAACAAGAAAACAGGUUGUAGAAGUAAUUACUCCACCUAUCUCUGCAAGGCUUAGAAGUGCUGGUAGACGACAAGCAUUUGAAGAAACAAAUGUCAAGUUGGAUACCCUCCUUUUGAAACCGAAAGGUCGUAAAUCUGUUGCUCAUGUGGAUCAAAUAAAGCAGAAUGGUACACAUCUUGCUUUAAUAGUCGAAAGUAAUGGUAUACCUGAUGUAUUGAACAACCAUAAUCCGUCCACUGGUUCCUCGCAAAAUGGGACAGAAAAUGAAGUCUCAGAAACUCCUGUUCUACAACCCAUGACAAGCUCACGUUUUUGUAGCACCAUGUAGCAAUAUUCAUGUUUUUGUCCAGCUUUUUUAUACUUGUAUUUUAUUUUUAACAAAAUAUAUUUGUGAGUAUUUCA